AUGUGCGAUGGGUGGAAAAAGGCCUUUGUGUGGUUUUCCAUCAUUUCCAUGAACGUUCUCUUUGCAUUUUCCUCCUUGUCGUUUUGGGUCGGGUGUGUACCGUUGGAGAAGAGAUGGAAGCCAUUCGCGGACGGAACCUGCUACGAUCUCAAGUGGGUUGUUUCAUUCGGAAUCUUCGUUAGUGUAUACUCUGGCCUCCUCGACAUCGCCUUAUCAAUCAUCCCAUGGCUCAUUCUUAUGCGGCCCAGGCCGGCCGAGGAGUCAUCUGGUCUUACUUUGAGCAGGAAGGAGAAGAUCGGUGUAUCUGUGGCUUUAAGUAUGGGAAUGUUGGCCGGAAUAGCGGCGUUUGUCAAAGCAUCAUAUAUGCGCUCAGUAAAUGAUACCACUGGUGAUUUUUCUCAUGGGGGAGCAGAGUUGGCCGUUUGGGCCGGGGCUGAGACAGCCAUUACGAUCAUGGCAUCGACUAUUCCCGUGUUGCGUGUUCUGCUGCGUGACACAGCAAUCAAGACUAAGUAUCUUCCCGAAGCUAUCAAAAUGAGGGUUCGGAGCACUGUUAGGAGGUCGGAGAGAGCAUCAGAAAGACCUGUGGCGCAACCUGAGGAAGACAAAAUUCCUAUUGUCUCGUCAAGCGCCUCAAUGUCUACUGCUGGUGCCUCUUCCACAUCAUCAGGCUCAACUGUGGACUCACAGAAGACAUUGAUAUCCAAAACACCGGAUAUCCGGAAGAAAUGA